GUUAGAAUAUCAGAUAUUUCUCUUGUUCGCUUUUAGGUACAGAAUAUCUACGGAUAGUAGUUUUAGUUUUCUUUAAUAUGUGUCAUCUUCCAUUUGUCACGUAAUUUGUCUCGACGUAAAUCUCAACGCACUGGAAAGUGUCAGCAAUGACAAAUGUGUUGUUCUCUUCGCCUUAUCUUAUCUUGAGACAAUAUUCUCCCAGCUACUCUAUUUAAUGGGCGUUUAACGCAACACAGCCAGGAAACAACACCUGCACGACAUGGUGGUCACAUUCCUUGAAUGAAAAAAAAACUGGAUUUUUUAUUUGUCAAAGUGCAUUACGUGGUGCAUGCUGUUUUCAAAUAUUUAAGUGUUAAGUGGUGUUUAUGCUUCACGUCACCGUCACGAUCUCCUCCAAAUCCGAUUUUUUGAUUGGUUAAAAUUUUUAAUUGUCAUAGUGAUAAUUUCGCUCAGCCAAUCAAAAAAUCGGAUUUGGAGGAGAUCGUGACGAUAGCGUGAAGCAUAAACGCACCUUUAGUUGGUUUCUUACUUCACGUGCAAUUGGUAUAUUUUUUUGGUUAAGAAAUAAUCGAGGAAGAAUAUUAAUAGCAUUUAAAUCGGGGAUUUUUGUUUUGUUUUGCUCGACUUAAAUACUAAUUUAAGUUCGACUUGUGUCUUAAAAUUACUUUAUAUGGAGAAUACAUACUUAAUAAUGAGGUUGAGUUACAUAUAUACACGUACUUGCAUAAAUGUGUAAUCAUCUACGUUGCAUAAUUUAUUUUUGUAUUUCCUUUAAAAAUAUGUCAUUAAAAAUGUACGAGAAUAGAUCCAAAUUUUCGUAAUAAUCAAUACUGCCUACGACCUAGUGGUUUCUUACACAUGUAGAUUUUUAUUAUUUUAGCCAAAUUUUAUUUUUCAUGUAAAAUGGCUCAAAACAUAAAGUUCAUACUUGUCAGUUUUCUCAUAAUGGCCAUGGAAAGGUCGACAUGGGUCAUACUUUGUGACAAGAUAACAAACAGUUCUUCAUCAAACACCAUCAACGAUACAAAUCCAAAUGAGAGGGACGAUUACGAAGUUGAAAUUCACGACCAACCCGACAUCACAAUUUUUGAUCGGUCGAGGAAAAGCAAAUUUAUUAAGCAGAAGGAAGGCAAGCCUGAAAUGUGUGACAUGUUCGUCGUAUCGGGAGGAAGUUUGAGUUGCUCAAACAUUAAAAAUAUUGAUUUCGUCCUGGUGCAAAUGACGGAAUCCAUCACAUCGUUGGAAAUUGUGAAUGGCGAUAUUUCCACCCUAAAUCUCACCCUGUUCUACCAGUUUCCCACACUGCAGACGAUUUCCGUCGUCAACUCUGGCCUCACUUUGGUGCAGGGCAGACUUCACAGAAAUGUCGUGGCCGUAAACUUCUCGAGAAAUAUUCUCAACCCGAAAUAUUUAGAGGAGUCGUUUUCCUUGGAGGCGUUUGGCCACGUGGAAAUUCUCGACUUGUCGCAAAACUGGUUUGACACUGAGGUUGAACUGCCGAGAAGCAUUUUCAGUUUGCCGUCACUUAAAUCUCUGUAUUUGGGAGGGAACCAUUUAGAGGGUCAUUUCGUCUGGUCAACGAUGUGGGAAUGGAUCAACCCAUUGGGAUUCGACAUGUUGAAAGAUGCAGACGAUGCAUUGUGCGUGUUCCCUUUGCCCCAUAAGGUCUUCUCUUUGCUGGGGUGUCUCAAGGCGAAAACGGAAGUGGAGGACACCUGCGCCAAAAUCGACAAGAAAAAGUGUUCCUCCUGCCUUUUACACGGCCUCCAGAAGGACCUGGAGGACAAGUUUGCUCACUAUCCAAUCAGUCACAAAGGACGGCGCGGCUCGACCGCGAUUUCCCUCGCGAUCGAUUGUUCUAACAGAAGCCUGACCAAGUUUCCUACGCUGCCCAUCCAAACGUGGAAAGUGGAUAUCAGUCACAAUUUGAUCGAAGACCUGAGCCCGAUUAAAGCAGCACCGUACUUGAUUUAUUUGGAUGCCACGAACAACUCGGUGAGGGUCGAGUCGCUGAUUGGGUCACCGUUUUUGAAUGAUUUCAUGUCCCUGAGUUUGCAGAGCAAUCAUAUUCAUCAUAUUCCUGCCGAGUUCCUCACUGCAGUGAGGAACGUUCAGAAUAAUAAAGACAAAAAUAAAGGGGACACCUUCCUGGGGUAUAAUUAUCUCCAGUGUGACUGCACUACAGCGACAGAGACAAAGAGUCUGCUGAAUUCUAUGAGAAAUCCGGACUGGAAAGAAAUAUUUUGUAGAAAUAUGUACUCUUCUUCUGGAUAUUUGCCAUUAAAGGAUCUCAAAAUCUUUGACGUAUGCAUCAUCCCAAAAGAAUCAAACCCCGAUCAACAAAUCUGGAUUUACUGCAUCAUCGCGACCGAAGUGAUCCUUAUCUUCUUCAUCGUGUGGAAAGUGUGGUAUGACCACAGAAGUUUUCGCAGGACGAGAAAUCUGCCUUGGUUUUCACAAAAAAUGCCGAGACUCCCGUGCGACGCGAUACUCGAGGGAAUUAAAGAUCGAAGGAUUGUCAUCUCCUCGCCAAACGUGCUAAUUGCAACGAAUCCACACCAAAGUCAGAGCAGUGUUUAUCGCUCUAACUCAGCCGCUGCUAGAUCGAUGUCAAGUUCUUCGAGAAAUAAUUUGCGUAUUCCUGUCGUUCAUUUCAACUUGAAAACAUCACGGUCCAAUUCGAAUACGAGUCAGGCAGCUUCAUCGCAACACAUUGUCGGAGAUGGUGAAGAUGGGUCAAUAUUACUUGGGCGACAUCAUUAAUAUUUUCGUCGCGUGGCUAUUCCUCGACUAAAUUUGAUUAAUUUGCAAGAGGAACGGACAGCUCAAGGUUUCAAAAUGCCAAACUGGUGAAAGAGAAAUAACUGUCAAUUUUGCUUUCCACUGGUCCAACCGAAUGCCGUACCCGGAUAUUACAUUAACGUCAUAAUUAAAGGCGGAUUGAUAAUUAGAAUCUGACUCAGUUUAUGAAAUAUGUAUGUAUAUAUUACAAAAUUAUUGUUCAGAAAUGCAGUCACGAAAGUGUGAACAUCUGCCAAAUUCAUUAGUAUGCAAAAACGUCAUAACUAACUACAUAUACCAGUCAAAGCCUGAAUAUAUAAUCAGUCAAAGAAUACGUACGUAACAUAAAAUAUCAACUCUAUAAUUAGAUCGGUGAUGGUUAUGAAUUCUAAUAAAAGUUGAUUUGCUUCAAUCCCUCAUUUUGCUGCCUGAAUUUUGGCAAUACACACGACACCAGAGCCAGAAGCAAACCAAGAUUAUUAACAACCUCGAAAAAGUUUGAUCAAUAAGAUUUGCAUGCCCUGAUCCAGUUAAUUCGGUUUAUUUGGUAGUAGUACAGCAUUUUACCUGCAAUUGAAUCAUUCACGCGACACGCUAGGCAUUUCCAAACCGGACCGUCCCACAUAAAUCUCUUCAUAUCCAUCAAAUCCUGUUCUCACACUCAAUAAUAAAAGGGAAUUGUGAUUGAGUUGAGAUUAUUAGUUUGAAUGCAGGGCGACAGUCUGCCUACGAUUUGCACGUACAUAUUUUCUCCAACUUUCUCCGGCAGGUGAGUGAGUGUGACACACUUCUUUCGCUUCGUUUGGCCAGAGACAGGAAGGAAGUCAUCCGAGUUCAGUGCUGAUUUGGACGGAUAGUUGGCUGGCCGGGUCGGUCGAUGUGUAGGAAAAGUGCUAACUAAUUCCAUUUUACACUCAAAGUUACCUGAUUGUCUCAAAUUGCCUCAAAAAUGAGCUUUCCUGCAACUUUCUCCGUUUUCUGUCUACUCUUGGGACAGUUCUCGUCCCGUGGGGUUAUCACCGGCAUUGAGGGAAAAUCGUUACCCAAUGAGGACGAUUUACCUGGAACAUCGAAUCACACCAUCACAAAUAUGAGAAAUACUACUUUCUCCGCUAACAAUUUUACCGAGUUCAACAACGCCACUAACUCAACUGAGGGGAAUAACGAUUCGUUAGAAUCUCUGGAGUCAGACCUACUUUCAGGAAAUUAUUCCUCCAACAUGACAAAUUCAACGGGAAGUGGGGCGAAUAUUCUUACUCUGGAUGAGACCUCAUUGUUGUCGUCCUCCCUCAUUUUCACCAAGGCGGGGGAUCAUUACGGCAACUUGUCUGCCGUGGUAGUGGAGGAAAAUUUGGAAGAUGUCGACAAUUCGAGUGAUUCUGGACAGUCGACCCCAUCAAAUGAAAUGUGGACAACGAUGACCAAUCGUGUCGGCAGUGUCAAUAGCAGUGACGCUAAUGACAUAAUGUCCUCAAGUGAAACCGGAAAUGAUGGCAGUUUGGAACUAGGAGAAAGUAUAAUCUCCACGAUUCAAAAUAUGCUACAUUUGUCCAAUAGAAAUUCUACAAGCAAUUCCACAGACUCGGGAUGGACUACGGACCCCACUGGGACGGAAAUUCAAGCCUUAAUGUUUGCAUGAAAAGUCGGCCAUCUAAUUUACUAAUUCUCAAUAUUUAACAGCAAUAGCUACAUAUUUACAGUAAUUAAUUCUUAAUAAGUUUUUAAACAAUUACUGGAGUUUCCUACUUCAGCGACUCUUUAUUGAAAUUCAAUGGGAACGACGAUUUUGGGAACACUUCCUCCAGGAAAAUAUCCGUAGGAUGAAGUUUAUUAUUUUUAGAAUUAUUAUUGACAUAAGGACACUUACCAAUGUUAAUACAUGAUCAUAUUUAUUUGAAUUUACAAUAAAGCAAGUGAGAUUUGUAUCUUA